GAAAUCAAUCUGAAGGAGACCUGUGCGAUGCGGCUUUUUUUUGGGAUCUGCAAUUCGAUGUAUGCGUAUGGGAAGUUUCCAUUCCCGUGAGAACACUGAGAAUCAUCUUGAGUUGUGGCACCCACCAUCUCCAACGCGACUUCCCUUCGGCAGGAGAGGCUAAGCACUUGAGCUGAUCAGCAAUGGGGAGCUCGGGCUUUCGAUCUGCAAAAAGAGAAAGAGACAGGUCCAAGUUCUUGCCAGCGGUGAUAGUGGUGGUGGUACUAUGUGGGCUCUUCUUCUACUUGGGCAGGAUGGGGGUGAUGCCUCCGGCGCCAACAACGAACACGGGUGUAGUUAACCAAUUUUCAGAGCUUGUCCGCCCCGAUGCAAAUGAAGAAGUAAAACUGGAGCGAAGUUUUGAACCGUGCGCUAAUGAGUUUGUCGACUACACUCCCUGCGAAGAUACGAAGCGUUCGCUCGGCUUCCCUCGCGAGCACUACGAGUACCGUGAACGUCAUUGCCCAAGGCAGGAUGAGCUACUGCGGUGCCUCAUUCCCCCGCCGAAAGGGUACCGAAAGUCGGUGCCCUGGCCGGAAAGCCGACGUUCGGUGUGGUAUAAUAACGUCCCAUUCCUCCACCUCACAAGAGAGAAAGCGAAUCAGAAUUGGGUGAAGCACGAUCCGGAAAGUGGGCGGUUGAUAUUCCCCGGAGGCGGAACGAUGUUUCCGAACGGUGCUACUGCGUACAUCAACGACAUGGACACGUACUUGCAUUUUGGAGAGCGUAAGAUUAGAACGGCGCUCGAUGCUGGCUGCGGCGUUGCCAGUUGGGGAGCGUACCUGCUUGAUCGUGACAUCCUUACGGUGUCAUUUGCACCAAGAGACACUCAUGUGGCGCAGGUCCAGUUUGCGCUAGAACGAGGCGUUCCGGCCAUCAUUGGCAUUCUUGCCACCAAGCGCCUCCCGUAUCCUUCAAACUCCUUCGACCUCGCCCACUGCAGUCGCUGCCUGAUCCCAUGGUAUGAUCGGGACGGCCUCUUCUUGAUCGAAAUCAACCGUCUGCUUCGCCCAGGCGGGUACUGGGUGCUGUCCGGUCCUCCUGUCAAUUGGCAGCAGCACGAGAAGGAAUGGCACAACGUGGAAGAUGACCAGCGCAAAGUCAUGUCGGACAUUGAGACAAUUGCAGAAAGGCUUUGCUGGGAGUAUGUUGCCAAGGGAGGAGAGGCGGGCGAUUUCGCGAUCUGGCGGAAACCGCGAGAUGGGAAAUGCUACAGCGAGAGGCAAGCGGGUGCGACGCCCCCGGUCUGUGGUGACGGCGACAAUCCCGAUGCGGCUUGGUACACACCGAUGACUAGCUGUCUCGCACCAUUGCCAAACGAAGAAGACCCAGCGUCCAUCGACCUAAUUCCUCGUUGGCCUGAUCGUCUGAACACGCCGAGUCCUCGGCUGGCAAACAUUGUCGACAGCGAGGGCAGGCCGAUGUUUAGCAAUGUGGAUUUCAACCAAGAUAGCGCAAAAUGGAAGAAGGCGGUGGACUUUUACGCGGGCUCCGUGCUUCCUGACAUUGCAAAGAAGAGCUUCCGCAAUGUUCUCGACAUGAAUGCCGGGCUUGGUUCCUUUGCAGCGGCACUUCACGACCUGGUUGGGUCAUUGGCCUGGGUCAUGAAUGCUGUCAUGUCGUCUGGACCCAACACUCUCCCCGUGAUCUUCGAUAGAGGACUGAUUGGAACUUAUCAGGAUUGGUGUGAGGCUUUCUCCAGCUACCCGCGGACAUACGAUCUAAUCCACGCUGCGAGCAUCUUCGGGCACUAUGGCAGCAAUUGCGACCCCGUCGACAUCCUCCUCGAGAUGGAUCGCCUCCUGCGACCGGAGGGAUCGGUCAUCAUCAGAGAUAACAAGUCGCACGUGAAGAAGGUGGCAAGAAUAGUGAAGGGUAUGAGAUGGGACUGCAAGGGCUGGAAAAGCGAAGACGCUGCCGGAGCCGACAGGUUGCUGGUCUGCAAAAAGCAGAAUUGGGCUGAUCCUGAGGCUGGUCCUGCGAAAGAUGUGACUACCGCCGAGUAAUAGAUAACAAAAAAAGUGCCGCACCCCUCUUCCCACCUGUCCUUGCCCGCCCGGGUGCCCGCCCGGGUGCUGCCGCCCUGACGUUAACAUAUUCGAUAGCAGAUCCCUUCCAUUGGAACUUCAAUCAGGAUUGGUGUGAGGUCUGCUCCCACCCAAGUUAUCUGCACGCCUACGAUAUCUCAUCUGACGCGUGCGAUCUGACGCGUGCGUCGAGGAGAUAUCGUUUUACGUUUUUACAUAUGAUUCAGGCAAUUGUGAAUGGUUGUCAUUCUUCGUCUUCUGGAGGAGGGGGUCGGGUGGGUUUCGCUGACCUGAGGGCGGUCCGCUAUGACCAGGGAUGGAGAAGGGUUUGCCGUCUCCAAUACGAAGAAGAGAGAAUAGUGAAGCAAAUGGAAGAGUGACAUGAAAUGAUGCCAAGUAACUAACUGGUGGUCUGCGAAAACGCCGAAAAGAACAGCGGGGGUUGGAACGGGUGGUAGGAUAGCACGCAGUGCACCUGUGGAAGCUCUCUUCUUUUUGUUUCUUAAGGCUGAUGCUGCUGAGUAGACUAUAGGCAACGCUCUGCCUGCGAUAAUCAUGGUUGAUGGCUUUCUGCAAUCCUGCAAGGCGCGCGGGGCCGCCAGAGUAUGGCUAUGGGUCCUUUCUACGGUCUGCGGAGUCGAUAAAACCGGAAAAAGUUA